AUUACACAAUUCACAACAAAGGAAUAAGGCAGGCCUUUUUGCACACGUGUCGACAAACAAACCAGAUGAACUCUCUCUUUACGUUUCUCGAAAAUUUUCCAACUCAAGAAAAUUCCCUCAACUCCUCCGUUUCUCUCUGUCCUACUUGUGUUGUGCUUUGUUCUCAAUCGUUCUUGCAAAAGUUCACCUUUUUUAAGGAUUCUGCUGAAAAAUAAAAUAAAAAAAAUACCGGGACUCACUCUUUGCUUCUGGGUAUUCUUAUUUUUGAACACACUUACUUCAUUGAUUCCCGGGAAAGUUGUCGAAGUGUUAUGCGAUGGAUAUGAAAGGUAUAUCAUGGGUUGGAAAUAUAUAUCAGAAAUUUGAAGCUAUGUGUUUGGAGAUGGAAGAGGCUAUGUACCAGUACCUUUUAUUCAUCUUGCACUACUUUGACCAAUUAAGCAUUCACCACUGUAACUGGUCACACGAUAUAUCACAGGACACCGUUAGAUAUGUUGAAAAUCAGGUACAGACUGUUGGUGCAAGUGUCAAGAGGUUCUAUUCUGAUGUGAUGCUAGAUAUGCAUCCUCAUUGUAACAUAGGUCCCGUGAAAGUCGCAGCUGCUGACUUGUCUCUGAACCCUUAUGCUCACACUGAAAUCAACAAGAAGCUGAAAGCAAAUCUUAAAGGCCACAACCCUAGAGGAAUUACUAAGAAAUUAAUUGAUGAUACUCAAGUGAUCAAGGGGAAAAGCAAAAAUGGAGGAGUUUAUAGACGUCAAAAUGUUGGGAUCAAAGAGAUUGUUAGAGAUAGUCAUCCUCCAUCUAAGAAGUCUGAUGCUAUCUGUAUCGUCUCAAGGGAUGCAAUCAAAUUUUCCUCGGUUUCUAAGGUUAGAGGAGAUUAUGAAGUGGCAUCUGACCGCAUGGCCAUGACUUCGGCCAAGGCCUCAGUCAAAGGACAUGAUUCUGUAGAAGCAGCAAAGGAGGUUUACAAUCAUAUUAUGGAUAUAAAUGUGUCUGCAGCUGGAAUCUCGAGUAAUGCUGCAGCUUCUGACACGAGUUUAUCAGUUGAAUCUGUUGGGAAGAAUCAACCAGAUCUCAGAAACACAGCCGCUAUUGCAGGUAGGUGUAUGGACAAGGAGUUGGCAGGUGAGACUGGACCAGAUAUUAGAAGUAAUACUCACAACGAUGAGGUUGCUCGUGAGGAGAUCAGUGAAUCUUGCCAAGAAAGAUCAGGUAGCUAUUCUUCUACUUCACCCAAGAAGUAUGAUCAUUUAAACGAGUCCGAUGUGGAAAUUGUAGAGCAGUUUGAUGAAUUAAAUUUGGAGGAAACAUGUGUCCUGGUUGAAGGGGGGAGGCUUCAUAUUCCUCAGGGCUCAGUCAAACGGAAGUCGUACAAGAAGAAGCUGCGGGAAGUAUUUUCUACGAAAAAGAAGACUUCAAGGAAAGAGUAUGAGCAGCUUGGAGCAUUACAUGGAGAUCAACUGCCUAACCUAGAGGCUGAAGACAAGGUGAUGCAGGUUCUAGCCACGAGCUCGAACACAAAGAGCUUGUCAGCUAAUGAUCAUUCUGAAUCUGAGUGGGAACUUCUCUAGAUAUGGUGCUGCUAUAAAAUAGUAGUAUUUCUUUUGCCAAUCAAUAGAUGGCUUUGUACAGAACACCAAGAUAAAGAGGAAGCAACAGGUGUUGUUAUUAUAAGCCAAUUAUUCUCUUUAUAAAAGGUUAUAACUAAUUUGAGAAUGAAAAUAUACUCCUCCAGUUAUAACCAGUUAAUAAUAAUACACCUUGGUAAGUUGAAGCAA